CCUGUCUCGUUGAACCUUUCAGCCUCAUCACUAUUACAUGUCACAAAUGUAAUUAAUACAAAUAAUAUUUAUAUGCGAUACACAUUUAUCUCUGGACACACCGCGUUGAAAUUCCCUAUAGGGAUGUUAAAGUGAAUUAAAUAUCUACUGAAUCAUUCAGAACAAACUGAACACCGCUCUAGCUACGAUGCAGCUGAACGGAAGGGAAAUUAAUCGUGUUGAAAAGAAUUAACAGAGCGAUUCUCACAGGGACAUCAAUCAAUCAAACUUUAUUUAUACAGCACUUUUCAUACAAAAAAAAGGUGCUUCACAUACAAUGAAAUGCAACACAAAAAGAUAUUUGCAAUGUGGAAAAAACUAGAAGCAGAGUUACAGAAGACUAAAGCUCAGUAAAAAGUAAAUAAGAGGACGAAAUAAUACAAUUCAGAGAAAAGUUGUAUCAGGGUUAAUAUAAUAUAUUAUUAAAAGGAGAGUAAAUAAAUAAAAGAAAUAAGAUUAAAUUAAAUUAAGCCUACAUAAAUGAAAUUAAUAUUUGCCCUCAUGCUCACAAAUGUGGGGGCUUUCGUACCAUGUGACGGUUCCCUUGUGCAAGAGCGUAAACACAACUUCUCUCGAUGUUUACGGUAUUUGGUGUCGAUCUGCCGUGGAUGCUGACGUACAGUGUGUCAUAAGACACUUGGGCAACACGGGAUGAUGUAAUUGAUGGUGAGUGUGUGGGAAUUUAGAGCUUUUUAAUCUAAAUUCACCCAAAUACAAAGUUUUUAUUAAUGUAAUUAAGUUCUCAUAAGCACAUGAAGUGUUAUUGGCCGGCUGAAAAAUUUACUGCGUGUUUCUCCCUUUCAUUCUCACCGUUUCCUGUCUCCUUCACUGUAUUGUCUAAAUAAAGGCUAAAUUACAACAACAAAAAACUAAAACAGCAUCAUUCCAUCACUUGUGUAAAAGUAACAUUUUCUGUUAUCUAAAUAACCAGUGACUCAAACAACUGGGAAGUCCAAACAGCUUUUUUUCCUUAAACGUGCCAUAACUAUUCCAAUUAGAAAAGUACCACAGCUCACAUUCAUUUCUUACAUUUGAAAAUCAUUUACCAGCAAAUGGAUCGUAUUUUUUAAAAAUAAAUAAGGAAUGUCCAAAACAUAAUGCUAUCAGGGGUUUAAUAAAGAUACAAUUAAUCAUCAAUCAGUCCAUUGACUUUUCAUACAAUGAUUUCAAGAUUAUAUGAAGAUCAUUGACGUUCAGGUUAUAUGACUGGAAGACUUGGUACAUGACACCAAAUUCCGAAGAAAACGUGGUAACAACAACAACAACAACUCAGUCACAGGAUGUUGACAUUGACUUGUUUACCAUUUGGAUGGAGCUCCCUCUCUCAGGUAAUGCUCCUCUGAGACUCUCACGUGGCCCUGUUUGUCUCUGCUCUGCCCAACACUUGUGUCCCUGUUAGAAGGGACACGCUGCCCACUGCAGCAUGUGACACAUGCUACAGCUGGGAGGAGGGGGCCAUUUCUCUGAAAAGAUCCAGGGCCGGCAAGCGGACAGGAAUGUGUGCUAUGGUUGGUCAAAGAGAUUGGGUGUCACCAGCUGACAGGGGCUGGUAUAAAGGACAGAGCUGCUAGCUCUCCACCAGAACAGAUAGCAGCAUUAUCACAAGUAACACUCAAGAGACGUUGGCAGUCUGCCCUCGACUUUUCUGGCUUUUUGAAAUCAUCAGAGAGUGAACCUUUCUGGAAAUUAGGAAAUUUACUGGUCCAGCUGUUGGCAGAGACUUUUAAGCAAUGGACGUCCAGAGGACAGGAACUAUGGUUCGGCCCCCGAGCCCCAUGGAUAGCCUGGAGAAGCAGCUGAGCUGCCCCAUCUGCCUGGAAAUGUUCACCAAACCUGUGGUCAUCCUGCCCUGCCAGCACAACUUGUGCCGCACUUGUGCUAGUGAUCUCUACGACUCCCGCAACCCAUACCGCUUCUCUGGUGGCGUCUUCCGAUGUCCCACUUGUCGGUUUGAAGUCGUGCUCGACCGCCACGGCGUGCAUGGGCUCCAACGCAACCUGUUGGUAGAAAAUAUUAUUGACAUCUACAAGCAGCAGCAAGAAGGCAGUGGCAGUGGAAGUACAGAAACCACCCUGAAGCCUAAAGAAUCCAAAGAACCAAUGUGCCAAGAACACGAAGAUGAGAGAAUCAACAUCUAUUGCAAGACCUGCCAAGUACCCACCUGCUCCAUGUGCAAAGUGUUUGGUCAACACAAGGACUGUGAGGUGGCCCCUCUAGCAAAUGUUUACCAGACCCAGAAAGGAGAAUUGAGUAAUGCUAUUGAUACCCUGGUGGCCAGCAAUGGCCGCCUGCAGGCACUGCUCAAUCAGAUGGAAGACGCCUGCCGCGCCGUGCAGGAGAAUGCUCAGUGUGCUAAGCAGGGAUUAGCUGAGAGCUUUGACUUGCUGUAUGCUGUCCUUGAAGAGCGCAAGACCAUUCUACUAGAGCAGAUCGGUAAAGAGCAAGAUGAGAAGGUGGCAGCUCUCCGGGCCCUGGCCCAACGUUAUGGUGAACGAUUGCAGGCCAGUUCAGAGCUCACAGACUCGGCCGUGAGAGCACUGGAGCAGAGUGGGGCUGCUGAGUUCCUAUUGGCCUCCAAGGGCCUCAUCACGCAGACCAAGGACGCAGCUAAAAGUUCACUGGGGGAGGAGAGGCCUGAGCCGGGCUUCGAGAAGAUGGACCACUUCACUUUGUCCACAGAGCAUGUUGAGGCAGUCCUGGCAAAGAUGGCGUUCGGGGUGUGUGACGAAGAGGAAUUUGAAGAUGCAGAGGAGGAAGAGGAGGAGGAGGAGGAAGAAGAGGAGGAAGAGGAAGAAGAGGAGUAGGAAUAUUGACAAUACAAAAUGGUUAUGGACUUGUAGGAAAUGCACAGACUGCAUUUGACGUUGAACAAAAUAUAAGGUUACAUUGCUUGUGGGCUGGUUGUGGCUUGCCCUUAUUUUUCUUCCUAUUUUUUCAGUGCAAUAUUUAAUGUCAGUGUAUCCGUACCUUUUUUUUUAUACUUUUGUACUUCUAAACCAACGAAAUGGUGAAAUAGGGUAGAUGAAUGUAAAGAAUACCUGAAAAUGGCUUACACAUCACUCACAUGUAGCUUUUGACAAUAGUUGUGUCAGUAUUUUUCUCAUGUUGUCUAAGUUUGUGUUGUUCUUUAAUUGAAUGUUGAAAUAAAGCUGCAUGAAGUGAAGCAUCUGUUUUCUCUAUCGCAAAGCCUAAACUAUACCGGGGAGCAUACAAAGGAAGAAAUGUGAAGACCCUGUAUCAUUUUAGUCUUAUAUAGAUGUUUCUCUGAGUUGUUCCACCAAAAUAUUCGUGCUGCUCUUACUUGGCAAUGGACUGUAUUUAAAAAUAAAAAGCCCUUGCCAC